CGCAUAUACAGCGUCAAUCGUUUGAAAACAGUCUACGCCACCGCGCCGUUUCGGUCGCACGUACCACGCAUACAUUGAUCUCGUAACCCGGUAGUGCAUUAUACUUUGGGACCAAAGCCAAUAUCAAACUAUAUUUGGAACACACAAUUAUGGCGACAGGCUGGCUGGCAUGGGAAUGCGUAGUGUUCGGCCUGUUCGUGUGUGCGACGUCGUUCGUGCCGCUGUGGCGCGCGCGCGCGCGCGGCGCCCGCGCAGCGGGUAGCGCGAAGCGCGCGUACAUAUUCGCGGGCGGCGGGGUCAGCACGCUCGCUAUGGUGCUGUCUGUAGCUAGAGGCACGCUUGGGGUUAGAAGCAUUUUGGGUUUUCCAUCGGAGCUGGUGUACCGAGGCUCCGCGAUGUGGGAGACCCUGUACGGAAUGAUCCUGGCCUUCCCCAUCGUCUGCUGGGUCUUUGUGCCGGUCUACUACAGACUCCAGACCAACUCCGUCUACGAGUACUUAGAGAUGCGAUUCCACUGCGUCUGGGUCCGCCGAGUGGCCGCAGCCACUUUUCUCGUUCGCCAGCUCUUGAUCUUGGCUGUGACAGUAUUUACUCCGACGGUUGCCCUUCAUGCUGUACUGGCACUGCCUCAUUGGGCGUCUGCUGCUGCGCUCACGGCGAUUGGGAUCGUGUUUAACCUGGUUGGGGGAUUAUCUGCUGCCAUCAAGGCCGACGUGAUCCAAACCAUGACAAUGAUCUUAGUGAGUGGCGCCUUCAUAAUCCAAGCGACCAUCCGCGCCGGCGGCCCGCAGAAGGUUCUAGAAGAAAAUAUGGAUGGAGGAAGGCUGCAGUUCUUCAAAUUCCACUGGGACCCAACCAUCCGCGUAGACACCCUCUCCGCUAUCGUGGGCCAACUAUUCAUGUCCCUGUCUAUCUAUGGGUGCCAACAGACCUUCGUCCAGCGCUACUGUUCCAUGAGUAGCGAGGCCCGAGUCCGGAGAACUCUGCUAGCUAAUGUGCCGGCUGUGGGGAUUCUCUUCAGCUUGUCCUGGGUUGUUGGUAUGGUGCUCUAUGCUGUCUACAGAUACUGCGACCCUCUGAUGUCCGGCAGAAUCGCGGCUCCGGACGAGGUACUGCCGUUCUACGUGCAGGAUCAGUUUGGAUUCCUGCCUGGGAUGUUGGGGCUGUUCCUGGGAACCUUGUUCAAUGGGGCGUUGAGCUUCCUGGUAUCUAAUGUGAACUCUUUGGCAACGGUGACGUGGGAAGACUUCGUGUCUGCUGCACCAGCAUUCCAAGGCAUCUCUGAUAAGCAACAGCUUACUGGGAUCAAGAUCAUUGUAGUCAUCUAUUCCAUCAUAAUCAUGUGCCUAUCCCUCUGCGUGGGAAUGGUAGGCGGCAUCAUCGAGGGCUCCAUGCUCGUCACCUCUGCCACCUCAGGAGCCCUACUCGGGGUAUUCAUCCUCGCCACACUAUGUCCUAUCGCCAACGGGAAGGGUGCCUUGUGCGGCAUGAUUGCAGCACAUUUUAUUACGACGUGGAUGGCUGCUGGGAGAUUAUUUUAUGUGGAUACUAGUGUCGCUAUGCUGCCGUUGUCUGUUGAUGAGUGUCCCAAUGGAACGAUGAACGUGUUCCACAAGCCACUGCCAGUCGGAGUGAACCAGACGCUGAUGCAGCUGGAACACCUGCUGCAGAACAUGAACACGAGUCGCGUGUACGUUCCCCAGGAGUCUGUGAUCACCGCGGCUCUCCACCGCAUGUACUCCGUGUCCUACAUGUGGUACGCCGUUAUCGGCACCUUCAUCUGCGUCAUCAUCGGGUGCAUCAUCGGAGCCAUCACCAGCACUGAUGCGGAUGUCUUCGACGAGCGUCUGUUGCAUCCGCUUGUUGCUACCAUUAAUAAUAAGAUGCCAGGAAAAAAACGCACCUACAGCAAAGAGAUAGCCAAAACUCCCGAAAAGGACUCCAGUGAAAAAACUGACGUCACACUAGCUGAAGAUUUAAAAGAAACAAGCCCCACCAAGAUCCCUAGCCCUGCUGUAAAACGAAUAGAAAAAGAACAGCCAAGUCCAAUUUCUGCAACGAGUACUAGUAAAGAUGCGCCAACAGUAGAUAUUAAAAGUGCGUUUUUAAGUACAGCUAAGAUUGCUAUAACCGCUGUAAAAACACAGGCAACGGAAGAGCCAAGUGCGGGUGUUUUCGCAACGACGAGUAGCAGACAUUUUGAUGCAUAUGAUAGCAAUGUACGAGGAUCACCACUGCCGGUUAGGACACGGUUGUGA